AUGAAAAUUGUAUUUGUUUUUGUAUUUUCAUUAGCAACAUAUGGAUAUCGGUGUGACUGUACUCCAAAUGGCACUGACACUGACGACGGAUUUACUCCUUCAAAUUGUUCAGUAACAACAAAUUCGAUCUGUUUUUCUUUAAACUUUAAUUUUUCAUCUGAUAUAUUCAUGUUUCAUAAAUUUGUCAUUAUUAAUAACAUAAAAUUUUAUUCACAUGAAGAAAAAUGGUACAACAUUCAAACUCUUACAAUUGCUUCAGAUUCUAUUUUUUCAAAUACGAUCAAUUUGCAUAGCAACCAAACACUUAUCAUAGAGCCAAAAGCUACAAUACAUGUGAUUAAAAAUACAAUUAUGUUUGGAAAGUUGUCCAUUGCUGGAAACCUCAAUUUGAUUGAUCCAGAAUUAAACAACCCACGAAUCAUCAUGUGGAAUUCAACUUACCUCCACCUCAAUUAUAACUACCAAGGAAGAUUAAAAUUUGAUAUAACGAAUCCAACAGACAACACAAAGUGUUUUGAUGUCAUUUCACUUAAUAACGAAUCCAAUAUAGACAUUAAUACAAAUCCAACCCAUAUCACAUCAGACACGUUUAAAUACUCAUUCAACUUUACAAUGGGGAAGGGGUACCUUAUUUCAAAUAAAAAGUUAAUUCGAUUUUGCCCAAAUGGUACACCACUUGACAAAGACGUUGUUUGUAUGUUGAAAACAAAUAUGUACACUUCAAAAUCACCAACCACAAUGGAAGGUGCAUUUGAUUAUCCACAUUGUCCGUGUAAUAACGAUGGUGGUGUGAAUUGCAAACUCAAAUUAUCAAAUAAAUUUAAUUGGUUUGACAUGUUUAAUAAUGAUCUUAGUGGCACAGAAUUGAUGAUAGAUCGUAGUAUUGCUAUUUAUAACUUUAAGAGUUCAAAACAAGUCACUAUCGCUGAUGAUGUAGAAUUAACAUUUCAUACAAAAAUUGUUAAUGAUUUAGUGUUUUUUUUCACUUUUGGAAAAGUUAAAAUUUCUUUGUUUGAUGAUUCUUCUUCAUUCAUUUAUUCAACUGUGUCAAAUACAAUGUCGUGUAAUGGUGCUUCAUAUUACGAAUUUUUUUUAAACCAAAACAUCACCAAAUUAAAUAUUGACUGCACUGGAAGUAUAAAAACACUUUGUUUGUAUGAAAACACGAAUGUUUUUAUUUCUAAAAACACAACUUUGGUUCAAAUCGUUCAAAUUAAUUUCAAUGAAAAUGGAAAGAAUUUUGUAUUCUUGGAAAACGCCAGUAACAACAACGCAAUGAAAUAUUGUUAUCUUUUUGAAAUGACAAAAGGUGGUUUAACGUGCCUCAUGUGCGACUAUAAAUAUCGACUUGUAGAUGGAGCAUGUCUACCUCUUGACGAAAAUUGUGAGACGUACAACAAAAACAACAAGUGUGUAUUGUGCAAAAUUGGGUAUGUUUUAAAUGAACAAUCUGAAUGUAUUAGUUCAGAAAUAUGUUCAUAUGGCACAUCAGCUAAUUGUUACAAAUGUCAAGAUAGUUACAUAACAAAUGAAAACAAAUGUGUGUCGGAUACCAAGUGCCAACACAGUGAUGGGAGUGUAUGCAUCAAUUGUCACAACGGAAACUCAUUUGACAAAUGCGAGAGCUGCACAUCGCAUUGUCGUUUGUGUAAAAACGAGAAGUGUUCUAUUUGCGAUAACAACUUUAUAUUAAAAAAUGAAAGUUUCUGUGUUGAAAUGGAAGGUGGAGUUUCAAAUGGAAUAUCGACUGUUUGGUGUAAUGACAAUUAUUACAUUGCAAAUGGUGUCUGUUACAAUUGUUCAUCAAACUACAUACACUCUAUAUUAUGUGACAAAAGCAAUAAAAUCACAUGUGAAACCAAUUAUAUUAUUACCAAUGAAAGACAAUGCACGUCACUUAUUUGUACAAAUGAAACAUUUAAAGAAGAAAAUGGGAUGUGUGUUUUAGCAAAAGAAGAUUGUGUUUUUAUUGUGAACAACAAAUGUUUGGAAUGUGAUAAUAAUUACAUUCUUAACGACUCUGAUAUUUGUGUAAAUGUUAUAAAUGACACAUCUUUAACUAAAUGUGUAUUGUAUAACAAACAUAGCUGUAUUUCAUGUGACAUUGGGUAUUACUUGUUAAUUGCAAAAUGUUAUUUAUGUUCUGAGAAUUGCACAAGUUGUAUUGAAAGUGAUACAAAAUGUCUGUCAUGUAAGUACGGGUUUUAUAUUGGAGAAAAUUACACGUGUUUGCCAAGCACCGAGCUGUUGGGAAAAUGUGACAAAAUAUCACAAAUUACUGGUGGGUGUUAUCAAUGCAAAGAUGGGUAUUACAGAGUUGGUAUGGAUUGUGUUGAAUGUCUUUCUAAUUGCUCAACAUGCAACACAAAAGACGCGUGUUUGACUUGUAAUUUGACAAAUUACAAAACAACGAGUGGAAAGUGUUUGCCACAAAACAGUAUUAUUGGGUGUGCUGUUGAAGUCACACAAAAUGGGUGUAACAAAUGUUUGAGUGAAUAUUACACUAUUAAUGACAAAGAGUGUGAAAAAUGUAACAACAACUGUACAACGUGUACACAACAUGAAAAAUGCACAUCUUGUGUUAAAAAUAAGGUUUUAUUUGAAAGUGGACUUUGUCUUGAUAUUUCAUUUGUACCAGAAUGUAUUGAAGUAUUAAACUCGAAAUGCUCCAAAUGUGCAUUCUGGCACUCUCCCAAUAUAACCGGAACGUUGUGUGACAAGAAAGUAGUUUGGUGGGUACUUCUUGUUAUAAUUUUGUUUACAAUUAUAAUGAUGAUAUUAUAUGUAUUAUUAAUUGUAUUUACAGUGAAAUACAUUGAAAAGAAAAUACAUCAAAAACAGCUUGCAAAAACAACAACAAGUUUUAAAAUGAGUCAUUCGAACAUUUCUUUUGUUCAACUGAGCGAUGGCAUUGUUGUCAAUAAAACAGAAAUUAGAUUUGGUUGUCCUGAUGAACCAGUCAAAGUCGGCGCUGAUAGUCGUGAGUUGAUAUGUGUUGGCAACUCGUCGAAACAACAUUUGAAAAUUCAAUUUUCGACAAAGGAGAACACUGCAAAAUACACGAUCAAAACAGAACCCAAAGUUGUAUCUUUAUCACAAGGAAUGGCAGUCGAAUUUGAAAUAUUUGUUGAACCAAAAUGUUCAUGUAAAAUUAAUGAUAAAAUUGUGCUUUUUUCAAAAGGAUUAAAAGAUGGAAUUACAAACAACAACCAAUUAACUUUGCGCGUUUUUACUGAGAUGUCAACACAUCUUGACCCCGACGAGUUAAUUGAAGAGAAGAAACUUGGUGAGGGGUCUUUUGGAAUUGUCUACAAAGGAUCUUUUAGAGGAAAUUGUGUGGCUAUUAAAAAGAUGAAGGAAUUAAAAGAAGAUGUUGAUGAAAUAAAUGACUUUACCAAAGAAGUUGAAAUGCUUGACAAAUUUCGGAGUGAAUAUAUCGUCCAUUUUUAUGGAGCUGUGUUCAUACCAAAUAAGGUGUGUAUGGUCACUGAGUUCGCACAAUAUGGAAGUUUACAAGAUUUAAUGAAACACAAAACAUAUGACGAAGUUGACAUGAAACUUCGAAUUAAAAUGAUGUUGGACGCAUCAAGAGGGAUUUUUUAUUUACACGAAAACGGCAUUUUACAUCGAGACAUUAAACCAGACAAUUUACUUGUGUUUUCAUUAAAUUUAAAUGACAAAAUAAAUGCUAAAUUGACUGACUUUGGAUCGUCGAGAAACAUCAAUACGCUGAUGACUAACAUGACAUUCACUAAAGGUAUUGGAACACCAAUUUACAUGGCGCCUGAGGUGUUAAACAAAGAGAAGUAUAAGAAGGCUGCAGACAUUUAUUCGUUUGGCAUAACAAUGUAUGAAGUGUUUGGAUGGUGUAAAGCGUAUCCAAUUACCACAUUCAAAUUUCCGUGGAAAAUAGCAGAAUUUGUGACUGCUGGAGAACGACUUGAGAGAAGAGAGAACAUUCCAGAAAAAUUAUAUCAACUGAUAGAAAUGUGUUGGAAACAAAACCCAAAAGAAAGAGAAACAACUAUAAAUAUCGUUGAUUUUAUCCAGAGAAGUUAUAAUUCAAUAUAA